ACAUAGAGCGACCCGCAGCCAGUGCAUCCACUGCUGCCUUCCUUCAUCCUGCACAGACAGACAGACGCACGCAGCAGCUGCACGGCUCUGAGCUGCGCUCCUCUCUGCGCCGCUCGGAGGAAAGACGCGCAAACAUCUGGAGGAGGACAGCGAAAACCCACAGUGUCCUGCCACGCUUCUUUUUUUUCUUUCUUCUUGUUUCUUUUAUUGUUUUUAAAGUGCAUCGUUUCUGAAAGAAGAGAGAAAAAGUUGAAAAGCCUGCAGGGGGAAGUGUUGAAGCUGAAAUAAACGCGCUUAGAGAAGUUCUUCACGAACUACCAGCAGGGAGGGAAUGGAUCUCCAUCGCCCCUUCAAGAUGGACAGCCCCUCCUAUCUCCCUACUCCCCUGGCCUCUCCAGCCCUGAUGGUCCUGGCAUCCACAGCAGAGGCCAGCAGGGAUGCCUCUGUCCCCUGCCAGGCUCCCAGGCCUUUCGGAAUCCCGGUCUCUGUGGAAAAGGACCUCCACCUCCCCUUUCCCUCACCUUCCUACACCUUCGCUUCCAUGUACCAGCGUCAGGCUCCCAUGUCGGGUACGUUUACGUCCCGGGACUUUCCAACAUCCCUGCUUCACCUGCACCCUCAGUUCACACCUCCAAACCUGGACUGUUCCCCCCUGGGGAUGCUCAACCACAGUGGGUUGGGGGCGUUCCGACCUUUUGCAUCCCCGCAAGAGGAAAGAGAAUCAGGGGGGUACCAGUCGGCCUUCACUCCUGCCAAGAGGAUGAAGGGCUGCUUCCCAGAAACAGAAGGGAAAGAGUUUGACUUUGGACCCCUGAAAACUGGAGAGGAAACAGGAAGGAAGUUGUUCUCCAUGUCUGGCCUGCUAUCUGAUGGGGAGGCUUCAUCAAGCCCAGAGGAGCACAAAGAGCACAGUAAGGUGAAAAGUCUAUAUGACACUCAGGCCCCAGUGUGUCCGGUCUGCCAGGCUGUACUGCGACCAGGAGAGCUGCAGGAUCACAUGGAGCAAGAGCUGUCCAAACUUUCCCAGCUACAAAUCAGCCUCCCUGGAUUGCAGCAUGACCAUCUCAUAAGGACACCAAAGUCUCUUUCCUUCUCUCUGCACAUCAAGCGUGAAGGAGGCUCUCCCACUUCACCCUCUCGGCCUUCUGAGGAACCCCACUCAGACCGAUACCAGACGUUUCUCAGAGUGCGAGCCAACAGACAUACACGACUAAAUGUCGACGACCUCUGCUGGUGCAGGUGCUACGUCAAAUCCACCCCAUUACGCCCACACAGCGCAGGAGCCCAUCUAGACUGCAUACAAGCUGUCAAAAUUGGGAAGCUGAAGAGGAGAAAACCUGAGGAAGGACAGGAGGGAUCAGCAGACUUGGUGCCUGCAGAGGACGAGUGGAAUGAGAGGAGAAGGACACAGAUGGCAGCUGUAGGUUUUAAAGGUGCAACGCUAGUAAGUACGACUUCUAAGGAGUGUCGGGACAGCGAUGCAGACCUGGACGUUGAUGGGGACGAUACUCUGGAGUACGGCAGGGCGCAAUAUAGUGAACUGGAUGUAAUCCCCUGCUCAGCAGAAAGCUCAAAAGAGAAAGCAGGAAACAGCAGCAUGUUGGCUGAUUCCAGACUGAAGCUCGACUUUUCCAAAUGGUCAAAUGAUGGGAGUCCUUCUACAAGUAGCGGGGAGAAGCAGGACCCCAGUAUAGCCGGUCUUCCCAGAACCUGCAGAAACACAGAGAUAGAGCCGCUUUCAGAGGACUCCACGCCGACAACGCUGGAAGCGCUUAAAGCACGGAUCCGGGAUUUGGAGAAGCAGCUGUCUAAAGGAGACAGAUUUAAAUGCCUCAUCUGCAUGGACACAUACACAACACCGCUCACCUCCAUCCAGUGCUGGCAUGUCCACUGUGAGGAGUGCUGGCUGCGGACGUUGGGGGCAAAGAAGUUGUGUCCUCAGUGCAAUACCAUAACAUCACCUGGAGACCUGAGGCGGGUGUAUCUGUAGCUCAUAGGAAACUGUCUCAGUUUCAGCCAAUCAGAGAAGGCACUGUUGGACAGCUGGUCUGUCCUGUACGUCUAACAUUCAUCUUCACAGGCUGCUGUUUUUAAAUGAACUACUCUUAUCCUCUAACAUCCUCCAACUUGGGCAAGUGUCGACCUUUGUGCUGCACUGAUUCAGAGCUCCAGCACUGGAAAUGCUUUUGGGAAAUACGUUUUAUUUUCUUUUUUCCAUCUUUUGUCUGUUUUAUGGGAAAAAAAUAUGAAUUUAACUGAAAGCACAUGUACAAAGUUUUGUGUUGGUAUGUAUUAAGUGCUAUGUGUAUAUGAUGUUGACUAGCACAACAGCAGGUUGCAUCUUCUGUACAGACUAAUGUCUUUGCUUAGUUCCUUUCUUAUUUGUGAUAAUUUAGUUUUUAAAUAUUCACUGUAAUCUCAUAAGGAUCUGUCACAUUUUGUCUUUUUCAUCUUUGCUUUUCUCUUUACCAAUUUAUUAAACGUACU